UGAUGUUUGCAGGCUCUAUUUCAAAAUGGCGGCUGAAUCGAAGAAAAUGUGAACUCGGAGCGGUGUAAAGUUUUUAAACCAAAAUGACCGCUAUAAGGAAAAGACUGGCUUCAUAUAUUUUGAGAGAGCAUUAUGGGGAUAUUAUUGAGGCUGUUGGGAAUUAUUUAAUAAGCAAAGGAGCUCGCACAUUGCGUGAAAUCAUACACGAAACAAAGCUAAAACCAGAGCAGGUCCAGAAAUCUCUGUGCUCCCUCAUUCAGCACCAGCUCGUGACCUUCGAGCAGAACAAUCGGCACCAGACUGUCUAUAAAAUUGAAGUAGACAACAUUUUAAUUUUUACCCGGUUCCCUCGGGUCAUCUACUGUGCAAAGACACUUUAUGGGGAUGUAGGUGAAAUACUUAUUGAAGAAGUCUUAAAGCAUGGUGCAAUGCAGAUGAGUGUUAUAUUGCGGGUAGUAGCGGCACGUAUGGUUGAAACCGGGGUGGUGUGCUCAGAAGGCGAUGUCCAUGAAGUGUUUACCAGCCUUGUUGAUGGGCAUUACUUGAAGAGAUUAGCCAAUCAAGUGGCGACAGAAAAGGAUAGAAUACAAGGGGAGGAAAUGCAAUAUGUUGUACCAGGAGGAAUUGUAUGCGGAGUUAAGAGAAAGCAAGUUAGUGAUGAUCCAAGGAAGGACGCAAAACGCCAAAAGACUGGGGAUAACUCUGACUCCGAUAAGGUUGCUGCUGAUGACGGUAUCUUGUGGCAUGUAAAUCUGAGCAGGUUUCAUCAACAGUUUGUUGAUGAGGGUAUUGUUCUUGCUAUUGAGAAAAAGUUUGAUCCUAUGGCAGCACAAAUAGCACAAUCAUUGCUAAACAUGAAGAAGCAGAAAAGGGAUUACUCUGUUUCAGCAUCUGAUCCAGUCACUCUUUAUGAGCUUGUGAAUGACGUAGAUGAUCCAGGGCUUGACCAAACCCGUAUUACCCAAUACCUCGGUCUGAUGGUCGAUGACCUUGAUCAUAUUGUUCGUAAGGAGGAUGAAGGCGGAGGAGGAACAUACGUCAUCAACAUCAGGAAAUCUCUCACAGCCCUCUGCCAGCACACUAUCCAGUGUGUUGUCCAAGAAAGGUUUGGUUCCAGUGCAUUGAGAAUAUUCCGACUUCUAUUGCAAAAGAAACAUCUUGAGCAAAAACAGAUUGGUGAGAUGGCAAUGAUCCCAUCUAAGGAUGCAAAAGAGCUCAUAUACAAACUCUUCACUGAGAAGUUUAUUACAAUGCAAGAGAUCUCGCGUGGGACCGACUAUGCCCCCUCACGUACGUUCUAUCUGUUCUCUGUCGACCUGAAGCACUUAAGCCGAAUGCUGCUUGAAAGGUCUUAUCAGACCUUGGGCAACCUGAAGAGUAGGAGACAGUCAGUGUUGGAUGAAAACAGACGACUUCUAGACAAGCAGGAGCGGAUAGACUCCAUGAUCGUGAACCUGAAAGCGGAGCACGGUGGGGAAGCCGCAGCAGAUGCGAUAAGUGACUUGCAGGAGUUAGUGACACCAGCUGAGAGAGAGAUGCUGAUGAAGUUAAAAAUAACCCAGGCCAGGCUGGAGCAUUGUGAGCUACAAGUCGACGAGACCGCAUUUAUAUUGGAGCAGUAUUUGGCCAAUCAGUAACCACCUCUAUAUCCGGGACAGUAGAAGCGUAGACAGCAAAGUUCUAAGACAUCAACUGGUCCCGAGGUUUUUUAUUCUGUGAACAUCUCAGCUGCUACCGCGGCAUGCGUUUAAAAAUGAAUUGUGCUAGCGCGGUUAUUGAUGAAAAUUCUCGUGGUCUUGCCAUCUCAAGAGCAGACGCGUUAAGAUGGUCCAAUGCUCGCGGAAUGUAAACACCAAUUUGCCUUAAUAGAAAGUCUUACAGCAAUCCCACAACCUACUUUUUUGCCACAUUCGCCUGCUUAGCAAGUAUAGCCUGGCUAGCAAGCGCAUGGGGCUGGGAAAAGGAAAAGAAGACCGUGCAUUGCCCUGCUAAACCUGAGAGAAAUGACAUACCCCUUCCUGUUUGGCCAGCACGCUUAUCUGCAAACAUCGCUAGCACUACUGGUGAACCGCUGGCACAGUAAAGCUAGCACUGUUAGUACAUCUCCUGUUGUUCUGAUCAUAUACACUCUUGGGGAUGCUCAGAAGUAGUUCGCAAACAUUUUCUCUGUCUUUUCGCACGGGGUUUACUCUCGUAAGGCUUGUUCUGUUGGCUUUUACCACGUAAAUUGGCUCCGAUUCAUAUUCAUUAUUUUGUGUCGCACGUCCAAGGCGUCUAUCUGCAUAUUGUCUAUUCCUCGUCCCUCAGAAAUGCUCUAAUAGACCUUGAUAUGUUGUUUUCUUUGUGUAACAGUUGAGAUAAAUUGUACAGUAAAUUUUUCGUAGAGUAAAUAAUCAUUUGUACAGUAAUUCAUUUUUAAAACAAAUAUGUUUACACGUUGUGUGUGUUUUGUACUGAUUCUUGACAACAAGCACGAACACCAGUCUUCCAACCUCUUGUUAACAAAGUAUUAUUAAUUGGGUUGUGGUUAUCACUAGAAAGCCACAUUUUAUCUGCGAACAGCAGAUGUACUUUAUUUUGUCUAACUCGGGUAACAAUAAAUUGCUUUUUGCCACAAUCCUUCGUAAUCGCCUGGUUUCCCAUCGAUCGACUCUCUUACAACCAUCGAUCAACAAAUUAUCUUCCCUCUUAGAAUGUGUUAGAGUCUAGCCUUUAUUCAUUGUAAAUCUAAAGGCUGACUAAUAUGACUAGCUAAGGUAAUGUUAACGAAAUAUCUCUAAGUGAAAAGUGCUGGGGAAUAAGUGUGGCAAUGAUGGAGAUAGCAGCGCUGAAUUUCGGUCGGUGCAAAGCUAAAAUUGAAGUAUUUAUAACUGCCAUACUAUGGUAAUAAUAUGCCGAUACGCAGAUACAAUAAACGUGCUUUUCUUACAGGUGUGACGCAAAUAGAAUAGUUAAUAGUAAACAAUUUAACGUCGCCGCGAAGCUUGGAGCCUCAGGUACUCAGGGUAAUUUAACAGUUAAAUAGACCGUUAAACAGAAGCCCUCCCUGUAAGAAACCAACGCAA